CUAUCUAUCUAUCUAUCUAUCUAUCUAUCUAUCUAUCUAUCUAUCUAUCUAUCUAUCUAUCUUUAUAUAUUUACAGUACGUUUAAUAUUAGCUGCUGUUGUCACUGUGGCCUGGACCAAAUUGAAACGUGUGAUAACCAAGUUGUACGGCUCCAAUGUUAGUUUUUGGUUUAGUCUUAUAACUUUAACACAAUUUCAUUUCAUAUUCUACAUGAGUAGAACUUUACCCAAUAUAAUGGCACUGCCUCUAGUCUUAUAUGCUUUGGCUUAUUGGUUAAAUGGUCAAUUGAAACCGUUUAUUAUAUGCUCCGGCAUAGCUAUAUUGGUUUUUCGUUCGGAGUUGAUUAUAUUUCUAGGUUUGCUUUUGCUAUUCGAUUUGCUAUUCCGUAAAGUAACGAUAGACAGAAUUUUAAAAAUUGCUUUACCAGCUGGUUUGGUAAUUUUGGCUACUUCUAUUGUAGUGGAUUCAUUCUUUUGGAAAAGACUUUUAUGGCCAGAGGGUGAAGUAUUAUGGUAUAAUACUGUACUAAAUAAAAGCUCCGAUUGGGGAACUUCUCCUUUUUUGUGGUAUUUCUAUUCAGCUUUUCCACGUGCCAUGGGUGCCUCCCUACUAUUUGUGCCCAUAGGUCUAUUGCUGGAACGUCGCAUAAGACCUAUUGUUAUAUCUGCUAUAGGAUUCGUUUUAAUCUAUUCUAUAUUACCUCAUAAAGAAUUACGUUUUAUUAUUUAUGUAUUUCCCGUAUUGAAUUUAGCAGCAGCCACGGCUUGUCAAAGAUUCUGGCAAAAUAGUUCAAAAUCUAUAUGGCAUGGUUUCUUAUCUUUAUGUGCUGGUGGCCAUUUAUUGGUCAAUGUUUUAAUAACAUUAUUUUUGUUAUUGGUUUCACGUACCAAUUACCCUGGCGGUUUCGCUUUAAGAAACCUACACAAUUUAGAAUAUAAUACUACAAAUGUUUCAGUUCACAUAUCCAAUUUAGCAGCUCAAAGUGGUGUUAGUAGAUUUUUGCAAAUCAGGGAUGAUUGGAGAUAUUGUAAAAAUGAACAUAUGAAAUAUACCAAAGAAGAAACUAAACAAUAUACACAUUUACUAAUGGAAGCCAAAAAUAAGUUUAAUACCCAAAUGUGGCCAUCUCUGCAAGAAGACUAUGAUACAAUGGAGUUUAUAGAUUGUUUUAAUAGCAUAGGUAUACAGUACAAUUCAAUAAUGCCGGUUAAAAUUAAAACAAAACCCUGUUUGGCUAUUUUGAAAAGGAAAGAAAAACCUAAAAUAAAGGAAAAUAUAACAAAACCUGAAAAGAAAAAGAAAAGAUCUUUAGAAGUUGAAGAAGAAAAACUAACUUUGGAAGAGCUACCAAAAUCCAAAGAAGUUAAAACAGAAAAAACAAAAAAACUUAAAAAGAAGAAAUCUACUGAAGUUGUUACACAAAGUUUGGAGCUAGAAACUCAAAAUAUAGAAAAUAAAAAAAAUUUAAAUAUUGAAGAGGAAAACUCAGCCCAGGAGAUUGUAGAUGAUAUAUCACACAAAUCACAAGAAAUUAAAGAUGAUCUGAAUGUACCAGUAAUACAGGAGACACCAUUAAAUCCUCCAGCCGAUUUAACAAAACUUCUUAGUCAAGGCUUAAGUUUAGAAGAUGAUGCUAUAGUAUCCACUGUAGAAUCCUAUGAAGAUUUACCGCAGCCAUCGGAGGAAGCGAAUGAUUCAGCACAAGUAAAUAAAGAAAUUAAUUUCCAAGAAUUACACAAUUUAGCCUUAGGGCAAGUUAAUCGUAAAACGCGAGCAACGAAAUUAAAAAUACGCAGAAUUAUUGAACAACAUUAUCGAUCGAAAGGUAAACAUAUCGAAAAUGAUUCCAAAGAGAAAAAAUAUACUACCACUGUAGCACCAAACGCCUCGACACGACAAUCGGUUAAGGCCAUUAUUAAACAGGAACGCAUUAAAGAUAUGAUAGAACAAAUUUCUACCAUGGAUCUGACCAAAAUGUGCAAUUUAGAAAAAGUCUCCACAAAAGAUUGUCUAAAAUUAGUUAUUGAUAAAAUUGAUGAGGAUGGUGGUAGUCAUGCUACAGCCAGUUAAUGUAGGUUUGUAUUUACCACAAAACGAUUACUUAAGUUUUUUUAUUGUUGUUUAAACUAAUAAUUUUAAAUAAAUUUAUAAAAAAAAAAACAUUUCCAAUGAUCAAUUUU